CUCACAUCUAAUCUAAUCUUAUCGCCUCACCGGCCACGAAAGUUGCAAGACCCCGUCAUACCGUCAUACCGUCAUACCUUCAUUCCUAUCAUUGCUUUACUUAUCCACAUCAAUUUUAUGCCAUUACCCGGUUCCAAUCCCCGAACUCGUACCCAACAAUACGGAAUACAUAUGUAAUUUCUAUUAAAUAUUCUGAACAUGAAGAAGCUCGCCAAACAGCCCACAUUUCCAGGCACGACGCCUAUUGCCCUGCCAUCCAUCCUCACCGACGGCCAGCCCUUGCCGCGCGCCAUCGUCUUCGAUCUCGACUAUACGCUAUGGCCCUUCUGGGUCGACACCCACGUCUACCCGCCGCUCCGGCCCAACCUCGCGCACAACGCCUGCACCGAUAAGGUCGGCGAGACCUUCGCAUUCUACGACGACGUGCCCUCCGUCCUGCACGGCCUAGCUCGCGCGGGCAUCAAGCUCGGCGUUGCGAGCCGGACGCACGCUCCAGACCUCGGGCGCGAAAUGCUCAAGCUGCUGCACAUACCGCCCGCGAGCAGCGUGCUGGAUGAAAGUGGUGCGGACGGGGUGUCGGCGAGCAAUAGCAAGAAGGACAAGGUGAGGAAGGCGAUAGAGUUCUUCGACGCGGGACUGGAGAUCUACCCCAGUAGUAAGAUACAACAUUUCAAGGCGCUGGGCAAGAGGACGGGUAUCCCGCACACUGAGAUGCUAUUCUUCGACGACGAAAGCCGUAACAGAGAUACGGAGUCUCUAGGCGUUACCAUGUGGCUGGUGAGGGACGGCGUUACGUGGAAUGAAGUCGUAGAGGGGAUUAAGGAGUGGAGGAGGCGAAAAGGUGUCCAGCCGGCAUCUUGAGUCGUAGUUUCAACCAACGUUUAGAGACAUUGGUCACCGGCAGAUUACAUAUAGAUUAUAUAGCAUACAUAGAUAGAGAGGGUUGCUGGCGUCAGGAGUUGAAGAU